CUCUCCCUCUCUCUCUCAUUCUUCCUCCACUCGUCUGUUUAUUUUGUUGAUAAACGGUGAAUUAAGAUUCAUUCUCCAUCUUCCAGAGGCGCAGGGACGUUCCAGGUGUUAGUCUGAUCCCCUGGACUCUGCUGAAGGUUUGAGGAGAUGUCGUCCGUGUGGCAGCAGGAGCCGUCGGGUUACUCCCCCUGCGUAGAGAUCGACUCCAGCUCCGUGCGGACCAAGGACAGGCUCAGCUCUCCGGCCUGGCUGAAGCAGGAGCAGGAUGACCUCCGCAUCAUCAAGUGGGAGAACUUCCAGUCAGGAGCCUCGGCCGAUUCUUUGCAGGACAACACACCCAGCAGCGCCAUGUCAGCUGCCUCACAUGUGGAGAGCCUGCCCCCGCGGGUGCUGCUGACCAUCACCAAGCUGCAGUGCAUGCUGGAGAGCAAACAGGAGCGCAUCGCUGCACUGGAGAGGCAGGUGGAGGACCUGGUGCAGGACCGCCGCUUCCUGAGGAGCCAGAUUGAAAACCUCACAAGCAAUCGCUCCAUGCCGACGUUCGCUUGCCCCAGUCCCGUCACAGAGGCGCCCAAACCCGGCAAAGUGCAACACUCGGAGAACAAAUCUCGGAAGAGGGAAAAAGCUUCGUCCAGCUCCUCUGACGGCAGUGACAGCGGCUCUGAAGCGUCCGACUCGUCUGAAGUCUCAGCGGCGUCAAGCGAACACAGACGGAGGAAACAUCACAAGGACAAGAAAAGGUCGAAGAAAGGGAAGGACUACAGCAGGAAGAGAGCUACAGGUGUCCAGUACGUCAUCCACCGCUACAAACAGGUCCUGUCGGCCUUCAUCAAGAAAAAGAACAUGAGCGAAGCUUUCCGACACCUCGGCAUCGACCGCAACACCAUCGCAAACACGGCGUCAAUCGCCGAGCUCCACCUGGCCGGCAAAGACAUGGUCCCCCUGGUGGGCAUGUUCCGCCAGGGAGAGGAAACUCUGGUCAGCUACGCCCAAAGGUGCACCUUGGUCAUUGACAGUGACGCGGACCUGUCCAGGAGAAUAGACCAGAUGAAAGCCAACGGCGAGCUUCUGCCCAUCUCAGGGAAACGGCCGAGGGUGUCGCAUUCUCACAUGCAGCAGCUGGGGGGCGCUGCAGAAAGUAUUUUAAUAGGUUGAUUAAACAUAAGGAGCCUUGUUCAAGAAAAGUUUUCCUCUCAAUCUGAACUGCUGGAUUUAAAUGUGCUUUUUCUUCUAGGGACAAGAAGUUUAAAAUAUUUUUUAUUACAUCAAGUAGCAUUCAAACAUGUGGACGUAUGUUUUGUACACAUUCAUCUACAGU